GGAGCAAGAGGUUGAUGAAACAAGGCGUUUUUAAAUUGAUCUUUUUACCUUGGACUCUUUUUCAGUUACAAUCUACUACAAUCUGAUUGUGCUGUCGUGUAUCAUAUGUUGGUUGCUGGCCAGCAAUAAUGUCAAGGACUUUAAGACUUAAUUCGAGACUUCUGUUCCUGUGUCUGGUAUUCGCUACUGUGGAAGUCAGUAGUUCAUAUUUAUCAAGGGGCAGGCGAGCAGUACACGAACAGAGAAGUUCUCUUGGUACACAGGGCCCAAGAAAAUGGAGGACUUUCAACAACCCUUACACAUUUAGCCAGAGCCAUAGUCUUGGCCCAAGCCAACCGGUCCCCAGUAGUGUCCAACCUGACCAGGCUCAGAUUGUCUUCAGCCUGAGACCGGGAGUCCAGACUGGGAGAGAAGGUUCCCCUGAUGGUGAGGAGUCUCCGCCUUCCAACAGUCAAUCUAACAGCUUUUCAAGCAGCUCUGUGCCCAGUAAGACUGUCCAUUUUCGUACCUACCCUUCUAGUGGCCUAGUUAGCCCACUUGUCCCCAGAACCUGGGGUGCCUCUGGUACUUUUCAUUCAGUCUCAAACCCUAUGACCCAAAGAAGCCAUGUUACCACCAGUAGUUUGCAACCUGCCAGGGACACAUUUGGCUCCCCUGUUGUUGACGACAACCCCAUCCCCGCCCAACAGGCUGAAAACCCUUUGAGCAAGAAUGAGCGAUCCAAAUACAGGACUUUUCUGUCUUCCUACCUCUUCAGGGAAUCCCAAUCCACUUCCAGCAGCUCUGAAACCACUCACAAGGGCCCUAGUCAAGGAGUGAAGACCAUUAGCAGACUUGGUGCUGCCUCUGCUACCCAAAGUGAAGGAAACUCUAGUGUUCAUGAGUCUGGAAGAUCCACACAUGUCCAAAGGGGUUAUGGCUCUCAGUUGUACCCUACAGCCAUUAAGUCUGCCAAUGGACAACAAGUGCACCCACCAACUCUGAGCCAAUCCGGUUCUUCUAAAGUAGAUGCUACCAGUGAAGCCCAACAUGCUUCUAGUAUCAACAAACCCUUCCAUCACAGUGCUAACUUUGCUCAAAGUGGAGGUAGCCCUAGUAGCUAUUUCCCGGGUGAAAUGGCUGAUACUCAGGCUAAAAGUGCUUUCAGCAGAAUUCAACCUCUUAUUAGAUUUGGCUCUUUCUGGAACACAAUGGCCCCCACUGCAACUCAACCCACCCAAAGUCCCUCUGAGCCUGCAGAGAGAGAAACUGCCCCUGACCAGUCUUUGAAAACCAGGAGUGGUUAUGUCCUUUGGAAGAAACCUGGGCUAAGCAGCUCAUCCAGUGGUCAGUACGGGUUAGCCACCGGUGGUUACAAACCUGGAAAAUCCACAAAUGUCAAUACACUCGGAGGGUUCCAAUAUCAAGAUCCCGAAAAAACAUUGGCUCCCAUCGUGAGUGACGAUGUCAUACCCUCUGUUGCUAUCAGAACUUCAGUCAACACAAACACUGCAAAGCGUCAGGGUACUGGCUGGAGAAAUAGUCAUGGUAUACCUAGGGGCAUGAUAAUGAGUUCUGUCAGUGGGUAUCCAGAUGUAUACAGAAAGUAUAGCUUUGCCCCUAGAAUUCGAGUAGCUUCCACUACAACUUCCUCUGCCCAAAGCGAUACUCUAGCCCCAAUGACAUUCAAAUCAGGUCCACGAGAAGUCCAACUUGCGUCCAUAGAAGACGACCUAGUCUCUAACAGCCUGCAUGCCUCCAGCAAUGUCCAGUCUUCAGAAGUGCAGACUACUACCACUGACAUGUCUGGCUCUACCACGAGAUCCGGUAGGCCUUGGUUUCUUAGAUCUACACCUAGCGAGGAUAACGAGGCUAAAAUCGGCCAUGUUUUCAAGGGAUCCCAAACAACCCUACUACAAUCUCCCCAGAGUGAGAGUCUAAAACAUGUUCAGCCAACUUUUAGUCUGCCCGGCAACAAUGUUUUCCAUGACCGUUUGACUGCAGGAGAGGCUAAACCUGGUCCAACAAGCUCGGCCCCUUUCAAGCCUGAAGCUAGAUUCAACAUGUUUGGGUCUGUAAUUUACAGACUGCCCAAAGGUUCCAGAUCCAAACAGAAUGAAUGUGUUCUGGGCAUAAAGCUCCCAGGUAAAACUAGGCUCUCGGGCAGCAAUGUAUCUGCCCCUGCUGAAAUCCAGCCCACCUCCAUUACUUUAACAGCCAGUCAGAGCCAAAAUAUCCACAGUAAAGAAACUUCUCAAAGCAGUGACUCAUUUCGCAAAACUGUGAAUCAUUCUAGUUAUGAAGACUCCAAUUCUCACCCAUGUGACUCGGAUAGAAAUGAAAUGACAAGCAAUCCCUUUAGGUUCAUAUCUGGUAAACUCUCAAAAAGCCAGAAUAGCUAUGCUUUCAUGGGCUUCCAAAAACCUAUAAGCAAAGCAGGAUCAACCCAGGACAAGGAUGCUGAUCUCUGUGCACAAACAGUGCCUCCCAUCAACAAAGCGCAUCCACCCCCAGUUGUGCCCACCUCUGCCCCCAGUGUCCACCCAAGCCAUCCCAGAAUCCAAGUUCAACCAGGCCUAAGCAUCACUGAACUCACAGAGAGUCGCAAACCCACCAGCAGCGUUGUAAAGGGCAGACGUAUGAAGGUGAAUCGCGUGCAGAGCCAACAUAGUAUUUCACCUUCGAACGACAGCGCCUCCCAACCAGCCAAGCCCCAAACUAUGAGGUUCAAGGCUAUCCAAUUUGCUGAUAUCCUAGGAAGUGCCUCUUUCAGUGGAAUCCAACCCAGGGGAAGCUUCAGACACCGUGUGCAGUCAACAUCCAAUACCCCAGCAUCAGGUGAAGAUGGUGGCGCACUGGACAAAGACCAACCAACAGCGAGGGUUGGGGUCACCCCCAGGUGAAGGAGGGGACCCCAAGGCCUUACCAUUCCCCAGUGCUGCUGCUCCGAGUGGAGAGGGGGAUGUGGGUAGUGUCAUAGGGGCUGUUCAAAGUGGUAGGGGACUUUAGUAGUUUGGGAGCCAUGAGGAAAGAACUUAACUAGUUGAGGGUGUCUGCAGGUAAUCUUUCCUUGACGUCAGUCCAGUUUGAACUCAUGAACAACGUGACCUGACCCCAUAGCCCUGCUCUCAAGUAUUUAUUCAGAACAUGGUUGUGCUUGUAAAUGUGAAUUUAUAAUAAAUAUUCAUACUUAAAAAAA